AUGAAGAAGUGCAUGCAUUUUUACGAGAAUGUGAUAAAAUGGGACGACUCGGCCGGUGAGGAGGCCUUUCACCAUGCGAAAACGCGUUACUGGGCCCGAAUAAACGGGCUUUGUUGCGACUCCCCUCUGCCCGAUCCAAAUCUUUAUAUCGAUAAAAUCGACUGGAAUUCCAAAAUUGCUCCUGAGGACUGUCCCGACCCUGAAAGCCCACAGCCCGUUUAUUCCCCUAUUACUGGCUGUACUGAGCCUGUCGUUAUAUUCGGAGACUCGUUCGCCACGAAUCACGGGUUAUCCCUUGCAGGAUGGGGUGAUGAAGCCGAGAACUUCGAAAACUCGGGCAAUCAUAAUAAUAAAUGCCACGUCAGCUACGAGGGGCAAAACUGGAAUCUUGGAUGGUAUGAAUAUGAUAAUGGGUGGCAAUAUGGGUAUGGUUGUGGAAAUGAAUUUGGUAACUACGGUUGGAAUAAUAACGACUGGGGCUGGGGGUAUUAUGGUAGUUAUUACGGUUACGUGGGGCCAUAUGUCGAAAACAGAAAUUUUGGGAUGGGCAGUGGAGAUGAUGGACAGGUGUCGAGCUACGAGGCUUUGGAGGUUCGUGCGGAUAAUAAUGGCUCAGGUGGAGCGUAUCGAGGGAAACAAGGCGGACGAGACAGUUAUAUAGAGUGGAAUAACGGGUUGAGCUCGUGUGGGCCCACCAGUCAACGUGUGAGAGCUCGGGAGAAUUGGAAACGUGUUUCGUGA